UUUACAAUUAUUUUAACAGCCAGGAAGUCUGCUGAAGAAAACGCUUCUUAUAAAGAAAGCAGAGGGGGUUCACCCAGAUCACAUAGGAAAAAGUUUCCUAUAAGCACCUUUAGUUGGGAAUGUCUCUGCUGUCAUUCCUGAGACGACGGAAAAAGAAGCCAGAGGUGCCUUCAUGCCAGAGGAUCUUUCAAAAACCCAGCAAACCUCUUCAGCAGAAUUACCAGACUUUGCUGGAGAUGUGCUUGAAGAAUAAAUGCUUGUUUGAGGAUGAUGACUUCCCGGCUGACCUGAGUUCUAUUGGAAGAGGUCCACUGUUACAGAAACUUCCAUCAAAACUGCAGUGGAAGAGGCCACCUGAGUUACAUGAGAAUCCAGUAUUUUAUGCUGCAAAUACAAGACGACUUGAUAUUUGCCAAGGACUGGUGGAAGACUGCUGGUUCCUUGCUGCCCUGGGAGCCUUGACAUUCCAUCAAGACAUCUUGGCUCUGGUUGUGCCAAAACACCAAAGCUUUGAUCGGAAGUAUGCUGGCAUUUUCCACUUCCGGUUCUGGCACUUUGGUGAAUGGGUUGACGUGGUAGUAGAUGACCGACUGCCAGUAAAUGAGGAUGGCCAGCUAGUUUUCCUCUCCUCUGUUUGCAAGAAUCUCUUCUGGGGAGCCCUUUUGGAAAAGGCAUAUGCCAAGCUCUACGGCUCCUAUGAAGAUCUGCAGAUUGGGCAAGUGUCAGAAGCCUUGGUGGACUUUACAGGUGGAGUUAACAUGACAAUCAAGCUGGCAGAGGCUCCUCCUGAUCUCUGGGAUAUUCUGACAAGAGCAACCUACAGCAGAUCUCUCAUGGGUUGCCAGACCCAUUUAGGGGAAACAAAGGUGCUGGAGAAUGGGCUGGUAGCUGGUCAUGCCUACACAGUGACUGGUAUUAGAAAGGUGACUUGCUCGCAUGGACCAGAAAAUUUAGUGAGACUAAGAAAUCCCUGGGGGAAAAUUGAAUGGAAAGGAGACUGGAGUGAUAGCUCAGGGAAAUGGGACCUGCUCAGCCCUAAGGAGAAGAUUUUGCUGCGGAAAAAUAAUGAAGAUGGUGAAUUCUGGAUGUCUCUGCAAGAUUUUAAGACCCAUUUUGUAGAACUAAUGAUCUGUAAAUUAACUCCAGACCUUGUGAGCCAGGAGGAUGGAAAGAAGUGGAUGUACUCUCAGCAAAUUGGAAGAUGGGUCAGGGGAAGCACAGCAGGAGGAAGGAUGAAGCAGUAUAAUGGCACAUUUUGGAUGAAUCCCCAGUAUUGGCUGAAAAUUUUGCCAGGGGACAGCAGCAAACACUCCCUGAACUCCUGUAGUGUGCUGGUGUCCCUGAUUCAGAAACACAGCAGCAAACACCGGAACCGGGUACCUCACCUCUACAUUGGCUUUUCUAUCUAUAAAUACUAUGAAAGCAACAGAAGGCUGCCUCCAGAGUUUUUCACGAGAAACCAGGCUAUGAACAAAGUCCAUCUCUUUCUGAAUGACCGGGAAGUGACUCAGGAUUACCGACUGCGUCCUGGCUUCUACGUCAUCAUCCCAUCCAUCUUAGAACCUCAUCAGGAGUCUGAGUUCAUUUUGCGGGUCUUCUCGAGGAGACACGUCCUUUGCGAAGUGGGUGGAAAUUCAAGUUUCGUCCUGUCCAAGGAAAUAGUUGAUAGAUACGAAGGCAAGAUUUGGGAGGAUUUUUUCACUAAGCAUUUUGAACAACAUCCUGAAAUAAAUGCUGUGCAGCUCCAGAUGAUCUUGAACAACAUGCCCUGGACAAAUCUUCCAAACUUUCGACUGAGAUUUAGCUUGAAUGCCUGCCAGGGUAUCUUGGCACUGCUAGAUCUCAAUGCCAGUGGUACACUGAGUAUUCAGGAAUUCAGGGUCCUGUGGAGGAGACUGCUUUUCUAUCUGGAAAUUUUCCAGAAAAAAGAUAUUCACAGAUUGGGAAAUCUGGACUUAGUGGAACUGCAUGCAGCUGUACAGGAGAUAGGAAUCUCACUCAGCAAUGAAGUCUGUAAUCUGAUGGCGAUCCGAUACGGCAACCCUGAUCUGAAGAUCAGCUUUGAGAGCUUUGUCUGCUUCAUGCUGCGAGUGGAGAUCAUGGGGGAGGCCUUUCGCAACUUAACUAAAGAUGGCAAAGGAAUAUAUCUCCAGGAGUCUGAGUGGAUGAUGAUGACACUCUAUUCAUGAUGCAAAGCAGUGGGACCUAGAUGCACUGACGUGACCUAGAUGCACAGACCUACUCCCGGACAUGGAAAGCUGCUUUUAAUCAAGUUGCUGUGCAUGUUGGACUCUUGUGCUCAAUCCCUAUUCACGGGAGCAAUCCGUCUGAGGCUAGUGGGCUGACUUGUAUGAUAGCCAAAGUGAAUAAGGAUUGCAGGGUAACACACCCUUGACUGAAGAAUGUUUUUGAAGAACUGGUUCUCCUACGAGCAGAAUUUGACUGUAGGAUUCCAUACGUGGUGAAAUGAAGGUUGGUUUUAUAUAUCAUUGCAGAAAACUCUGCUGAGAACCAUAUGUUAGACUGACUGACCUUAUUAUGGAUGGACUGAGGGAACAAGUGAAUGCAAACUUUUGAUUUUGUAAUUCUUAUCGCCAGUUAAACUAUUAGAAAGAAAUGUCCUCUAGAAUGGCCUGAUUUCCUAAGGCUUCCGUAUGCUCUUAAGGUUGAUUGUAGCUGGAAACUACUCUCUCUCUCAGUUAGUAUUAGCAAUAAUGAUUUACAUUAUGGCCAUGUGUAGGAGUAGGCCCUGCUGGCUUUGGGCUGACUAGGCAUGGGAGAGGGACAGUCUUUGGCUUGAAUGGCUCAUGACCCAAAGAUGCAAACACUAUAUUUCUUGCAUACCACAUACACCCGUUCCCCAAAAAUUAGCCCUCCAAAACUGGGGUGCAUCUCUUAAGUGAGGAAGCUGAUUUUCUGUGUGGAGUAGAAGCACUGGAGACAUUGUAAAAUAGCUCCUAAUCCUUUUCCUUCUCUUUCCCCUCCCAGCACAGUGCCUGCAUGGAGGGACCAGGGUUGGAACAGAGCAGUGUAACUGCUACCUUUUAGCAUCAGCUACAGUUUGAAGCCUUUCACAGCUGAAUUGGAGCAGGAGAGAGCUUAAUCUUUGAUUCAUUCACCCUUCCUGUCCUGCUUGGGCAACAGUAGCCAAUUCGGCUGUGAGAGAGUUAAAACUGUAGCCUUUCCCUGACCAGGAAAGGGAAGGUAAAUCAUCUGAAGAUUAGGAGCAGAGACAGGCCCAUGCAGUCCUAACUCUGGAAAAAUCUUUUUGUCUUCCUUCUGCCUUCCCAAAAACAAGGUGUUGGGGGUGUGUGAUAUGCAAGAAAAUACAGUAUUCAAAUUCCACAACCUCCAGGCAUCUGUAAUAAAGGCUUAGGCCCCAGCAACCUUUUGCUUUAACUGUUUUCAGGGACUUAAGCAGGGUGGAGCAGGACUGCAUGUAGAUACCUCCAUUCACUGAUGUGCCUAAUAGGUGGAACAGAAUCUGGCCCCAUGUGUCUGCCUCAGACUGAUUCUUCAGGAAACUUCAGGUGAAACAGUUCAGCUACUUCUGAGAAUAAAGCUAGGAAAAAGAUGUUGUUUUUCCCAUGUUAACAGCAGUUCUUGAGACCUUUACUUUAAGAAGCUCUUACUCUUCCCAGCUUUGGAGCAGGGACUUGAAAUCUGGCAAUGGGUGGCUUUGGUGUCAGAGAUUUGCUUUUAAACCAUCCCUUAAAAGUCCACCCCAAUAAUGCUAAAAUAUUUCAGUUGAAAAUAUUUCAGUUCACCCAUGCUCAGUAGAGGCGUGUCAGAGCUUUGCAAUGUAAUUCCACGACAAUAAUGUCCAUACUGGGCAUGUUCCAGCCUGCAGCUCCAUUACAUUUUCCCUACAAUUGUACUUCCCAGCUGUGCUAGGUCAUGGCAGGUCCCAGAACUAAACACAGGAGCUGAGAGCAAGGGAACCAUCUUGCUCCCAGCAAUAACCCACUUGAGUUUAGACUUCCUGGAGGAGGAAGCAGCCUGAUUUGAAUGCUGAGGGAACAAGAGCCAGCACAUUCUGUCCCUCUAGUUCUAAUCAGUUUAUUCCCAUGCAGUUUAUUUUUAAUGAAGAAAGUAUUUUUGUUACAAUGGAUAUUUAUGUAUUUUUAUAUAUAUUUUUUUCUAUGUGGUUCUAUUUAUAGCAUGCUAUGUUUCUUUGCGGCUUAUUGUGACUUGGCUAAAUACCACUGUUCAUCUCUCUUCAUUGUUUCCAAAUGGGUAUUUAGCUAAGUCAUAACAGACCACAGAGGGGAGAGAUGCACAAUACACAGAAAAUGGCGUGGUUUUCUCACUCCAACAGUUACUUUCAGAUGUUCCAGAUAUUGAAGUUCUCCCCACCCCAGGUUCUAUAAGCAGACCCUCGCCUGAAGCAUGUGACAAGUGUGAAUCCCCCUUCCCUCCCGACUUGCAGAAGAACAUGAUGCUGAAACCUAAAUAAGCCUGAUUUAAUUAACACUCAGCUCUGGGGGGAUGUUAUAAACACUGAUUUACUGAAUGCAGUAGCAGUGGUAUAAAAGCUUAUGGGGAGUUUGAGGAAUCCCCAGCCUUGCACUGACCUCCAUCAGAUUCUUUUGUGCAGUCAGGUAUUGAAAGCUUGUCAGUCCAUGCAGGGUUUCUUGCAUAGAAUGUGUGAUCAUGGUGAAUUUGAGCCUUUUGCAACUGGGGGGUGUUUGGCAAGAAUAAUAUGAUUACAUGUUGGAAAUCGUUUACAAAUUCCUCUUGAACAGUGUCUCUUUAAAAUCAGGGUGGUGCAUUUCUAAAUGGAUGCAACAAGUUUAUUACAAUAAUCCUCUCUAGUGACUGAGUUGUAUUAUGCAUUAAAUUUUACACACAUUUAUUGUAUAUCUAUUUAAUGCAGAGCAGUGUAAUUGCUGGGAAGUGAGUUAUUGAUUACUUGAUCCAGAGAAGAAACAGAAUUCAUCUAUGCCAUGUGUUACUGAACAUUUGUAACAAUAAUCUGUAUUGAACCAUGUGAUUUGCUGCUAAAAAGUGUAAAGAAUGUCUAACUGCAACCAUUAUACCAAAAUGCGAACAAUUCAAGCUGCAUUAUUUGGAUCACAAUAAAAUGUUUUGGCAGUGCCACGCA